AUGGCGGAUCCGUUGAGCAUUGCCGCCUCGGCAUUGGCGGUCAUCACGGCUGCUAUUCAAUCGACAAAGUCGCUCGUGGAAACCGUGAAACGCUUUAAAGAUCGGGACAAAAUGUUACGUAGGCUGCAAGCGGAGCUUGAGGACCUGACGAAUAUCUUGGAUGCGUUGGCGCAUGUGACCAAGACUGAGAAAUCAAUGCUCGCGCUCCUGAGAGAUCCGAUAAAUCGAUGCCAGCAAGUCUGCUGCGAAUUCGAGCUAUCGAUGAAAGCUUUCAGUGAAAAAUCAAAGAUUGGCUUUCGCGAUUGGGCCAAGAUGGAAUUUAUGCGAGGCGAUAUCAAUGACUUUAUAGACACUAUCUCCGGGUAUAAGUCAACCAUCUCAGUCGGUUUAGGCACUAUAACGAUGCAAACCACCCAAGUGUCUCAGAAGGUUCUGGAAGAGUACAAUGAAAUGGUCCAGGACACAGCAUAUAACCUGGAGCUCUAUUUACGUCGCAUCGAUGACAAAUUGGCCCGGAUCUCCGUUGAUAAGACCGAUACCCCGGGGACAAACCUAGACCUAGAGGACGAGAGAGAAGUAACCAAACAAUGCCUUUGGAUUUGCCAAGACGCAAAAUCUUACAUUGAAUCAUUGACCAAUCGAGAAUCCUCUCUCCUGCAAGAGGCCCCUUCUAGCACUGCCGAAAAGGACACACAAAAACUCUUCGAAGCGCAGUUGCUUACCCGUCAAGCGCUGGAUACGAAUCGAGAUAACUUCGCACGGAUAAUCGGUCACCUGGGCACACGCCUAGAGACUUUGGUACUAGACAGGGAUGCGGGAAAUGACAAUGACCGGCUGCGGUUACAAGAAGACAUCAAUAUCUCGAUGCAGUGCUUAGAGGUCUGCAAGGUGGCUAGCGAACUUUCCAGUCAGAAGAUAUACCGCGUUGGGGAAGCGGUUGCCGAUGGCGACAGCGAUCAAGUAGUGGUGACUACCUUGGCGGAUCUAUUUGAUGUCAAGAAAGCGCUGUCUACCGGUAAUUCGGCGCAGUUGGUUGGUUCAAUGACGGAUGACUCUCUUCGUUAUGUGACGGAGAAGCGUUAUGGCAGUCGUUUUGGGGCCGUCGCUGGUGGCCCCCACGACCCUGCAGGCGCCACCACCACCACCCGAUCACCGCCAGCCUUCGAAGCGCAAAAGAGCAAACCCGCUUUUUCUCCCCGACCGGACAACGAUGAGCAGUCCUCUGGACGGGAAACGAGACGCAAAGGACCAUCUCCCAACGAGAUGAGAAAACGGAUGACGGGUGGCAACACGGAUCAAGAUUCUAGUAAAGGAGCGGGCGAGGUUUAA